AUAUCUAUUUCCUUUACCUUCUUAUAUUAUCUCUGUAUAUACAGACAACAUAUACAUACAGUGAAACUUCAACAUUUAAUUUUUAUAUUUUUUUAUUAAAUGGGAGAGGCCACAUAUUAAUUAGGAAACGGUAAAAUAAAAUAAAAAAGUUUCCAAACUAUCGUUAAUUUCUUUAAUUAUUCCAUGACCAAUAAAAAGACUUCAUAAAAUCACAAACUCUACCUCUACUUCUCUCGACUUGCCUCUCAUUUCCAGUCUCUAUUGGGAUCAAAACGAGAGCAUCAUUUCCUUGUCAAUGUCGAACUCAACGCCCAUCUCUCCCUUUCCGGUCACGGAGACUGCCGCAUCGGCACCAGCCACGGUGGUGGAGGGUGUCAACGACGCGAGUAGGAAGAGAGAAAGGCCGAAGACGUACGAUCGUGAUUAUAAAGGGAGGUUUACCACAAAAUCUGGGACAUUUACGCCGAGGUCGUCGUUGAGGAACAGAAGAGGUGACAUGUCUAUGGGGUUUGGAGGAGGGGACUUCAAGCCGCAUAUGUUCACAGUUAACAAAGGAGAGGAUAUUAUCAAGAGGAUCAUGUCCUUCACUGAAAAUGGUUCUCGUGGGAUCAGUGUUUUGUCAGCAAAUGGUGCGGUUGCUAACGUCAAGAUUCAACUUCACAGUUCAAGCCGCAGGGUCGUGACGUAUAAGGAUGAGUAUGAGAUAGUAUCGCUGAGCAAUACAAUGGCGAUAUCUGAGAGCGGAGGAGUGAAACAUAAGACGGGAGGGUGGCGGAUUAUGAUUGGUGGAGCUCCUGGUGCAAGUGUCUUUGGUGGUACUUUGGCUGGGAGUCUCAUUGCAGCAAGUCCUGUCCAAGUUGUGAUUGGAAGUUUCUGGCCGUUGGUCUCAAAACCGCCUCAGACGAGGAAAUAUGUGUUGGCUUCUUCCACAACACCAAACUUGGUGGCUUCCUCAUCCACAGGAAAAGUCCAACAACCAGAUAUGAUUCGCCCUUCUCGCUCUCAGAAGAGGAACGAUGAGUCCAACAGAGCUAUGGUUGUUUUUUCACCUACAACACCAAACUUGUUGGCUUCAUCAUCCAAUGGACAAGCCCAAGAACCAGAUAUGAUUGGCCCUUCUCACUCUCAGGAGAGGAACGAUGAGUCCAACAAAGCUAUGGUUGUUUUUUCACCCACAACACCAAACUUGUUGGCUUCCUCCUCCACAGAACAAGACCAACAACCAGAUAUGAUUGGCCCUUUUCACUCUCAGAACAGGAACGAUGAGUCCAACGAUGUGAUUCUUCUACCCACAGUACAAUACUUAUUGGCUUCCUCAUUCACAGGACAACUCCAACGUCAACCAGAGAUGAUGAGGAACGAUGAGCCCCAAGCUGUGGUUGUUCCACCUGGAAUACCAAACUUAUUGGCUUCCUCAUUCACUGGACCAGAGAUGAUAGAACCUUCUCAUUCUGAGAACUACGAUGAGUCUUACCCUUCUCAGUUUCUGACUCUAGGGUGGUACAACUCUACACCGGAGCAAGACAAGUAAUCUCAUCAGAAACUUUUUAACAUUGGACUCUUAAGUUCAUAAAAGUUUUCUAAAAAACUGGGGAUCUUUGCUAUCAUUUUCAUUUUCGUUGGACUUCAUUGUUGAAUUUUCAAUGUUAUUUCUUUUUGAACUUUUAAACAUUCAGCUCAUUGGUUUCUUUACAAUCCAAUGGACAAAAUAAAACUUGUUUCCUUCA